AUGCAAGAGACCUGCUUUAGUUCGCAUUUUGCGAUGGCGAGGUGGGUAAACACGUCCUCUCUUACGUUUGCAGCAAACUCUGGAAGUAAAAGAGCAAGCCGAAUUAUCUUUCGGCACUCUGGAUGUUGAUUUGUUUGUCAAUAUGCGGCAUAUAAAAUAUAGUUUUAGCUGUCACCGUUUGGAGUUUCAUAAAGAAAGAGCAAUCCAAUUUGAGAUCAAAUGAUCAAUCACAGCCACCAUCAGCGAUAGAGAGAGAGAGGAGAAGAAUAAGAAAUGGGUUGGAAAGGGAUAUUAGGGUUUGAAUAUGGAAUCGUUCAAGCACCAUUGGGGCCUGAUAUCUCUGGUCCUGAGCUUGUAGCUGCAGUUGCUAAUGCUGGAGGACUUGGGUUUCUCAGAGCCCCUGAUUGGGAGUCACCGGAUUACUUGCGUGGUCUGAUAAGGAAGACACGUAACUUAACUGACAAGCCAUUUGGGGUUGGAGUUGUUCUGGCAUUUCCUCAUGAAGAAAACCUAAGGGUUAUCCUGGACGAAAAGGUUGCAGUUUUGCAAGUGUAUUGGGGAAAGUGUUCAAAGGAACUUGUACUUGAGGCUCAUCUUGCCGGGGUCAAGGUUGUUCCCCAAGUUGGGAGUGCUGAAGAAGCAAGAGAAGCAAUCAAUGCUGGUGUGGAUGCAAUUAUUGUCCAAGGACGUGAGGCUGGAGGACAUGUAAUUGGUCAGGAGGGUUUGAUUUCGUUGCUGCCAAGGGUAGUUGAUCUUGUUGGGGACCACGAUAUACCUGUAAUUGCUGCUGGGGGUAUUGUGGAUGCACGUGGUUAUGUUGCAGCAUUGGCUCUUGGUGCUCAUGGUGUGUGUUUGGGUACAAGGUUCAUGGCUACUGAAGAAAGCUAUGCUCAUCCAUUAUACAAGAGGAAAUUGGUUGAACUGGACAAAACUGAGUACACAGAUGUAUUUGGCAGGGCAAGGUGGCCUAAUGCACCACAACGGGCCCUUGUAACACCUUUCUUCAGUGAAUGGAAACCGCUUCCUCAUGAAAAUGAGGUGAACCAGCCUGUCAUUGGCCAUUCGACAAUAAAUGGACAGGAAAAAGAGAUUCACCGGUUUGCGGGUCCUGUUCCAAAUGCAACAGCAACUGGUGAUGUUGAGAGUAUGGCAAUGUAUGCUGGCCAAGGUGUAGGCCUUAUCAAAGAAAUCAUACCUGCUGGUGAAGUAGUUAGGAAACUUGUCGAAGGGGCUCAACUUUUGAUCCGGCAGAAAUUCACAGACACGAAUUGAAGAACAAUGAUAAGGAGAAAUUCUUACUUCAAAAGAUGGAUCAAAUCUGUCAGAGACUUCUUUGUCGAUCCGGGUAAGAAAUUUUGAAGUUUUGGCUCUCUUUCAGGAUGAGAGAUCUCUCUUUGUUUAUGGAAUCAGUUGAUAUGUGUAAGAAACCAAAAGAAUUAUGAUUGUAUGUUUGUUUUUCGUGUGUUGAAUAACUAUAUGUAUCAUGACAAGGCAAGCCCAAUUAUGAUUGUAUGCUUGUUGAGUAUUCGAUGUAGUGAGGUGAAUUGAAGUUGGUAUUCCCCUUCCCCA